AUGAAAACUGCUAUUCUAUUGGUCUUCUUAAUCUGCAUGUCGUUUGCAUGCGACCUCAUCGUCCAUCUUAAGUCCGACACGACCAAGAAGUUUUCGGCUCAAAUUACCGCUGGCAAUGGCAAGAAAUCGGACAAAUGGACCUACGACAAGAAAUUGCAAAAGAACACCUUCCACCAAAAACCGAAUGAGUGCGGAAUUGGAAACUGGUCAAUCACUACCUGGGAUGAGAAUGGAAAAAUUGCUAAUACAGUUGAAGUCACUUUGGACGGAAUUGGACGUGUUACUUACAAGGUUGGUGACGAUUUGAAGCCAGUUCAAAAGGAUCGCCAGGGAGCCAUCUGCAAGGGAGAAUGUGCACCCCUCUAA